CCUGAAUGAAGCCAAGCUAGUCAGCCCUCCGCUAUUGCUAACUAAACUGCGGAACUACAGCAGCGACACAGACCGUCUCUCGUCAUUCCUGUCUUGAAGUUGAGGUACAGCGUUAACACGAAGGCCUGCCUUAUCUAUUACUCCUUUGAGGACCGCAUUGACCGCAGCUAAGAUAGCUAACAAGCGCAGUCACAAGUUGCUAGUUAAGUUUGCAUUAGCUAGUUGCGUCGUUUGACAGCUAACGCUAACUAGCUAGUCUCAUUGGUAUUCGACGUCAGUUUCAAAACAAAGCCCGCAAAAAUCGAGAAGUUGAGACUCAGCUGUCACCUCCAGGAUAGCUCCCAACUAAACAAGCUAGCUAGGGUUGAGUCUGUCCACCGACUGAAGAUAAAUUACGCUUUUCAGCUGAUGUGUGAUACACUCCGUUAAUGCCUAAUUAACGGUAUUUCCCUGAUGUUAAAGCUAAGUUGAAGAAGCUGUCAGCAGGUUUGGCUGUGACGCGUUUGAACUUGUAACUAACUUAAUCCUGCAGCUAGCGGGGCGAGACGUGGUCCUGUGGAUAAAAUCAGGUUCAAGUUAUCUGUGAAGCUUGGAUUUAAAUGUCCGAAAAGAGUUCAUCGUCCGGCUCGGAUGAGGAUGUGGACCCAGAAUCCGGGCAGCCUGUGGAGCUCGGAGGCGUUUUAAGCAAGUGGACAAAUUACAUACACGGAUGGCAGGACCGAUGGGUCGUGUUGAAAAACAAUACUUUGAGCUACUACAAGUCGGAGGAUGAACGGGAGUACGGCUGCAGGGGGUCUCUGUGCCUCAGCAAGGCUGUCAUCACACCUCAUGAGUUUGACGAGUGUCGUUUUGACAUCAGCGUUAAUGACAGUGUUUGGUACCUCAGGGCUGAAGAUCCCGAGCACAGACUCCAGUGGAUUGAGUCGAUAGAGCUGCACAAGGCCGAGUCUGGCUAUGGUUCAGAAACCAGUCUCAGGCGUCAUGGUUCCAUGUUGUCUCUCACCUCAGCAGCCAGUGCCUUGUCCGCCACGUCCACAUCCUCUUUCAAGAAGGGGCACAGGUUGCGUGAGAAACUAGCAGAAAUGGAAACCUUCCGGGACAUACUGUGCAGACAAGUGGACACCCUGCAGAAAUACUUUGACUCCUGUGCUGACGUUGUCUCCAAAGAUGAAUUUCACAGAGACAGAGUAGAGGAGGACGAAGAUGACUUUCCCACCACUACAAGGCCUGAUGGUGAAUGUAAUCACAACAACAAUGGGAGCAAAGAGAAAUUGUUCCCACCCGCCAGUCCCAAAGGUAUGAAUGGAAUAGACUUCAAAGGGGAGGCCAUCACCUUCAAGGCCACUACAGCAGGAAUCCUCUCCACCUUGUCCCACUGCAUCGAACUGAUGGUCAAACGAGAGGACAGCUGGCAAAAGAGACUUGACAAGGAGCUGGAGAAGAGGAGGAGGGUAGAAGAUGCCUACAAGUCAGCUGUGAAUGAACUGAAGAAAAAGUCACACUACGGAGGCCCAGACUACGAGGAGGGGCCCAACAGUCUGAUCAAUGAGGACGAGUUCUUCGAUGCGGUGGAAGCUGCGCUGGACAGACAGGACAAGAUAGAAGAGCAGUGCCAGUCAGAGAAGGUCAGGAUACCUCGAUUAACUCCGGUUCCUCCAGGAGACGUCUACUCCACCAUCGGCACAUACCGGUUUGCCGCCAAGCCCCAUAGCCAUUCUUCUUCCCUGUCCUCCGUUGAGCUAGUCAGUGCCUCAGACGACAUUCACAGAUUCAGCGCUCAGGUGGAGGAGAUGGUGCAGAAUCAUAUGACUUACUCUCUUCAGGAUGUGGGUGGAGAUGCCAACUGGCAGCUUGUAAUAGAAGAAGGAGAGAUGAAGGUGUAUAGGAGAGAAGUAGAGGAGAACGGUAUUGUGCUCGACCCCCUCAAAGCUACACAUUCUGUGAAGGGGGUCACAGGACAUGAGGUCUGCCACUACUUCUGGGACACAGCUGUCCGAAUGGACUGGGAGACCACCAUUGAAAAUUUCAACGUUGUGGAAACACUCUCCGACAAUGCCGUCAUUGUUUACCAAACGCACAAGAGAGUGUGGCCAGCCUCUCAGAGAGACGUGCUCUAUCUAUCAGCCAUCAGGAAGAUAUUGGCAACAAAUGAAAAUGACCCUGACACAUGGCUGGUCUGCAACUUCUCUGUGGACCACGACAAUGCCCUUCCCACAAACAGGUGUGUUCGUGCCAAAAUCAACGUUGCUAUGAUCUGUCAAACGCUGGUCAGCCCACCAGAGGGAGAUAAAGAGAUCAGCAGAGACAACAUCCUUUGUAAGAUCACCUACGUUGCCAAUGUAAACCCAGGCGGCUGGGCUCCAGCGUCAGUCCUCAGAGCCGUGGCCAAGAGAGAGUAUCCCAAGUUCCUCAAACGGUUCACCUCCUACGUGCAGGAGAAAACUGCUGGGAAGCCUAUCCUCUUCUGAGCACAGAGGUCCAUGGAGGGUUUCCCACUGAAGAGACUACAUUGUUCAGCGUUGAACCGGCUCUGAAUGACUACAUGACCCAUCCACCUGUCAGUCAGAAUGUGUUUUCAGCCUCCUACGUGCAGGACACCUUAUCAUCCAGGACGUCCCCCCAGGGCACCUGCUUGUAGAAGAGACUGGUUUUAUGGCUUUAAUCCAUCAGUAGUUGUCACCUCAGCCACGUCAUCAUGGCGUAACACCAUCUGUUGGUCAUGGGUACACAUGUAUGUAAAAUUCUAGAGUUUCCUAAGUGGUUUUUUGAAAUGUUGUUACCAAUUAUUUGCUUUGUUUUUGUAAAUUGUUUUGUACAUUUCUUAUGAUUACAUACUUCUUGACUUUUUUUUG